AUGGAUCAUGCUUCAAAGGGGAAAGAAAAAGCAGGUUCGUACCAAACAACUAUGAAUCAACUACUCAAGAAGGAUUUGCGAAAAAGCGCAUACAAGCGAAUAACAAAAUGGUUUUAUACGAGUGGUAUCCCUUUCAACACAAUAAGAAAUCCCGAGUUUGAGAGAGCAUGCGAGGAUAUAGCUCGACAUGGUCCAGGUUUUAAGCGUCCCUCUUACCACGAGAUUAGAGAGACUUUUUUGACUGAAGAAGUCAAGAAAAUAGACAAUUUCCUUGAUUUCAACAAGGACGAAUGGAGUAAGAUUGGAUACACAAUCAUGUCAGAUGCUGAAAAGGUGUUUGAGAUGUUGGAUAAAAUUGUGGACAAGGUUGGGGAAGAGAAUGUGGUGCAAGUGAUCGCUGAUACUACUGCCUCAUACAAAGCAGCUGGAUCGUUGUUGAUGGAGAAAAAGAAGAAUUUAUUUUGGACACCAUGUGCAGCCCAUUGCAUAGACUUGAUAUUGGAGGAUUUCGAGAAGAAGCUGCAAACUCACCGAGUAACAAUAAGGAAAGGUAGAAAGAUCACUACAUUUAUUUACAAUAGACCAAGUCUCAUCUCUUCGAUGAAAAACUACACCAAAGGAAGAGAUUUAAUUCGGCCAGCUUUUACUCGAUUUGCAACUGCAUAUUCGAUUUUGGGUUGCCUUAUUGAACAUAAGGGUUCUUUAAUUACAAUGUUUUCUUCAUCAAGCUGGAAGGGAAACACACAUGCUCGUUCGGAGAAAGGCAAGAAAGUUCAAAAGAUUGCGUUGGAUAAUAAAAUUUGGAGUAAUGUUGUGACAUGUCUUAGGGCUACCUUACUACUAAUCAAGGUACUACAGCUGGUGAAUUCAGAUGAGCAACCUGCUAUGCCAUUCUUAUACGAGGAGAUGGAUUGUGCAAAAGAAAAAAUCCAAAAUAACUUCAACAAUGUGAAAUCAAGAUUUGAGCCUAUAUGGAAGAUCAUUGCGAGAUGUGGAAUAAUCAACUCCAUAGGCCAUUGCAUGCAGCAGCCCACUAUUUAA